GAACUACAAAGUAGUAGAAGAAGAAUACGAGUAUCUUUCCCCGAACUUCCCCCAAAUCCCUAAUCCUGAUUCAUUCCCCCAAUUUACUACCUCUCCGCCUCUACUCUCUUCUACUCAGUCCUCACACGACAAGAAACUGAAAAAACCCAAUCCCAAUCCCCUUCUUUCUUCACCAUUUCCAGAUUAUGAUUUCUGACCCAAAUCCUCCCCUUUCCGCCUGAAUCUCUCGACCCAUAAACCAUGUCGAUUAACCCAGAAACCCCAGAGUCCACGGCCUUGGAAAUCGCCGCCCAAGUCAAGCCCUCAGCUCCUCCUCAUCCUCCCUGGCAAUUUCCCGGCCCAGAUCCCGAUGAAGAAGCCUCGCAGUUCCUCCCCCACCGCAACUUCCUCAGGUUCUGCGGCUGCUCCGCCGCCAUCAUCCUCAUGGCCGCCAUGCUCUUCCUCAUCCUCCUCUUCACCGCCUUCCGAAUCAAGGUCCCACACGUCGCCGUCGCCGGGGUCACCAGUGCCGGGCCUCAGACCCUCAACCGCCUCCGCAACGGGACCGCCACGGUUCUCGCCGACGUCAAGGUGAGGAACCCGAAUGCGGCGGCGUUCAGGUUCGGCGGCGGUGGGGCGACGAUUUACUACCGGGAGACGGUGGUGGGGGAGGCGGCGACACCGCCGGGGAGGGCGAAGGCGAGGGGGACGGUCCAUAUGAGCGUGGCGGUGGAGAUUUCGGGGGAGAAGUUAUCCGGUGUGUCGCGGCUCACGGAGGACGUUAAAUCCGGGUCGUUGAUGAUGAGCUGCGUUACGCGGAUCCCCGGGGAUGUGAAGAUAAUUACGAAAAAGCACAUGGUCGUGAAAACUAUAUGUGCGGUUAAAUAUGAUUAUGCCACGGGACAACUCACAGCUGGUCACUGCUCACAGUAUGUUAUUUCGUAAUUAUGUAGCUUUUUUUUUGUAAUCUCUUUUUUUUAUAGUCAAUUAUUUUUAAAUUUUGAUGAUGAUAAGUUGUUAUAUUAUUCAUUUGGAUUUUUUUUUACAGUUAAUUAUCGGUAGUUAGAUCUUUAUGAUAAAGAUGUAAUGGCUUGAUCGGCUGUUUGCCUUGUGAAAAGAAAGAAUUAACAUUAAUUAUCACUUCUUUGUAUUUCCUUUCUUUGUGGUUGUAGUGAAAACGCUGAAGCCCAAUAUACUUUUAUUUACCCGUUAAAUUUAGUAAUAAUAUAAGAGAAUUAAAGGUUUUCAUAAAGG